CAGAUCCAUCCCAGGUUUUCAAAGUGUCUCUGAAAUUGUAGACAGCAUGCUGUGUGAAUUCAGUCCCAGGGUCUUCCCUCACACAGCCUCACACAGAGCUCAGCCCUCCUCCACAUUCAGCCUUAAAAGUUUUUCUUAAAAAAAAAAAAAAAAAGCUUCGAAAAACUGCUCCACAACUUGAAAGGGGCAAAGAAAGAGAAUUUUGUGUGUGUGUGUGUGUCUGUCCUGACACUUCCCCCAAAGCCCCAGCACUGCAUCAAAGCCCAGCAGCGUAACACUGAGUCGCUCUCCCAUGUGGAAAGACUCAAGAAAUCAUCGGGAAAGUUUCUUAAAGAAAAACAAGACUUCCUUCUCCAAGGUGGUCCUGGGCUCCAGUCUGAGAAUGGAAUAUUUAUAACCUGGCCUGCGUCGGGCAGACAAAAAUCACUUUUUUUUUAACCAUUUUUUUUCUUUUGGUGGAUUUCAAGGGAAAAGAAAGAUGGGGAAAGUUUUGUGAAGGGGAAGACUAACGAUCUUUGUUGCUGCUGGUUUGGGUUUUUGUUUUUAAUCAUUUCUCUGGAUGUUACAUUUUUCUCCUGGAAAGAAGCGAAGUGCCCCGAAAAGUGGAAUUUCAGCAUUGAGGCACCAAAGGGUGCGAUUUUGGGGGAGAAAACAUCAAAAAGGAAAAGAAAAGGAUCCUUCCCUUGGAGCGCGAGUCACCAUCCCAUUCCGGCUCCAAAAGGCCUGGCCCCGCGGGGGGUCAGAGGCUCCCGCCGCCUGCCCGGAGCGGAUGUGCCCCUGAGCGCGCCCGGGGCCCGACGGACCAUGUUCAACGCCAGGAACCCUCCCGGGAGCGGCUACAUGGAGCAUUGUUACCUGCGCCCCCUGCACGCGCCCGGCCCCGGCCUGGCAGACGGGCUGAGCGACUUCCCCAUGUGCCACCAGGCCAACCUGAUGGGCAGUCACCAUGGGUACGAGCUGGCACCCGGCAGCGAGCAUGCUGGGAAUGCCGACGGGUCCCGGUUCUCCACGCCCCGCAGCGCAGCCAAGCUGACCAAGAAGCGGGCGCUGUCCAUCUCGCCGCUGUCCGACGCCAGCAUCGACCUGCAGACCGUCAUCCGCACCUCGCCCAACUCCCUGGUGGCCUUCAUCAACUCGCGCUGUGCCUCGGCCAGCGGCUCCUACGGGCACCUCUCCAUUGGCACCAUCAGCCCUUCCCUUGGCUUUCAAAGCCCCAUGGCUCACCCGAAGGGGCAAGGGGCAGCAUUCGGCCCCCCCAUUCCCCCCUGUGGCUCCCAUGAACACCUCCCCGGCCGGCCAGGGUUCCUGCACCAUCCCCCGCCCCGCGGGACACCGAAGCAUUGUCAGAUGAAGUCAGAGCCCAGCCUGGGUGAUGCCCUGGGCACCAAGAGCCUGGAGGAGAGAUCGGAGGGCGACAUCUCCAGCCCAGCCUCCACGGGGACACAGGACCCCCUGCUGGGGAUGCUGGAGCCCCGGGAGGAGCUGGAGAAGGAGGAUGGGAAGCAGGAGGCGGAAGCCGUGUACGAGACAAACUGCCACUGGGAGGGGUGCAGCAAAGAGUUCGACACCCAGGAGCAGCUGGUGCACCACAUUAACAACGAGCACAUCCACGGGGAGAAGAAGGAGUUUGUGUGCCACUGGCUGGAGUGCUCACGGGAGCAGCGGCCCUUCAAGGCGCAGUACAUGCUGGUGGUGCACAUGCGGCGGCACACGGGCGAGAAGCCUCACAAGUGCACGUUCGAGGGCUGUCACAAGGCCUACUCACGCCUGGAGAACCUCAAGACCCACCUGCGGUCGCACACGGGCGAGAAGCCGUACGUCUGCGAGCACGAGGGCUGCAACAAAGCCUUCUCCAACGCCUCGGACCGCGCCAAGCACCAGAACCGCACCCACUCCAACGAGAAGCCGUACGUCUGCAAGAUCCCCGGCUGCACCAAGCGCUACACGGACCCCAGCUCCCUGCGCAAGCAUGUCAAGACAGUGCACGGCCCCGACGCCCACGUCACCAAGAAGCACCGGGGUGACACGGUGCUGAGCCGGGCCCUGGCUGCCCCAGGGGGCCCCGCUGACAUGAAGCAGGAGAAGGAGGGGGGCUGCCCCGGCGAGGGCAGGAAGGACGAGGGGAAGCUGAUGGUGCCCGAGGCCAUCUUGAAGCCCCAGCCCAGUCCCGGCGGGCAGUCAUCUUGCAGCAGCGAGCGCUCGCCCCUGGGCAGUGCCAACAACAACGACAGUGGGGUGGAGAUGAACGCCAACCCGGGCGGCAGCUUCGAGGACCUGUCCACGCUGGAGGACCCCCCGCCGGGGGAGCCCAUGGGCGCCUCGGGGCUCUCGGCCCUGCGCCGCCUGGAGAACCUCCGCAUCGACAAGUUCAAGCAGCUGAGGAAACCCCCGCCCGGCAAGGGCCUGAAGCUGCCGGCCAUCCCUGGCACCGGCCCCCCCGGGGAGAUGCCCAGCCUGUGCGGCCCACCCCCCGCAGUCUCCCACCGCCGCGUCCUGGAGCUCUCCGCCAGCGACCUGCCCUCCGCACCCCCGCUGAGCGAGCGCCGCGCCAGCACCACCAGCACUGUCAGCUCGGCCUACACCGUCAGCCGCCGCUCCUCGCUGGCCUCGCCCUACCCGCGGGCCCCCGAGGGGCUCCCCAACAGCCUGGGCCUGGCCGAUGGCUACGACCCCAUCUCCCCCGACGCCUCCCGGCGCUCCAGCGAGGCCAGCCACUGCGGGGGGCUGCCAGGCCUCACGCCGGCGCAGCAGCACUACCUCAAAGCCAAGUACGCCGCGGCCACGGGCGGCCCCCCGCCUACCCCGUGGCCCAGCAUGGAGCGGGCGGCCCUGAGUGGCAGGACGGGGCUCCCCGGGGACUACCCGGGCCCAGCCGGGCCGUCCUUCUUGGCCAAUGGCUCCCUGCGGCCGCAUAGCGCCAGCGCAACCCCCGGCUACAGCCUCCACCCGCACCUGGCGCCCGGGCACGGCCCCCGGCGGGCCAGCGACCCCGCCCGGACGGCGGCCGAGCCGCACGCCGCGCCCAAGGUGCAGCUCUUCAAGAGUGUGGGUAACGUGAGCGCGUCGGCCGUGGGCAGGGUCGGCCUGCAGCCCCUCGGGGGCACGGAUGCCAGCUUGCAGCGUCACCUCUUCUCCCCUCGCCCACCCAGCAUCAGCGAGAACGUCUUCCUGGAGAGCGUGGCCAUGGAGGGGCCCGGGGAGACCAGCCUGCUGGAGAUGGAGCAGUACCUGGGCUACCCAGAGCUGGGCUUCCAGUGCCAGGGGCCGGGCAUGGAGCUGCAGGGGGAGGACGCCUAUAUUGGUGCCCACAGGACCAUGGGGGGCAUGCAGCUGAACCCAGCUGCCCAUGGGGAGCUGGAGGGGGGCCUGGGGCAGCCCGAUUACUCCCUCCCCCAGUGCCAGGUGAACCAGCACUUCCAGGGCAUGCGCCUGCCCGAUGCCAACAUCCCAGUGCCCUGGAAUGAGGCCACCCGGGGGAGCCUGGAGAUGAACCCCAUGGUGCCCAGCCCGGUGGCCAGCCGGCAUUGCCACCACCAGUACCCAACUCCCGGCGCCUGCGAGCCGCAGCCCAAGCACAUGGGCAUGUGCCACCCGGGCGGGUUUGCUGGUGGGCAGCAGUUCGGCGAACUCAGCCAGCUGCAGAUCAAGGCUGAGCAGCAGCUGCCGGCACCAGCACUGACCCCCUGCCACAACGGGACGCACCCGGCUGCCAUGCAGCAGUCGCCGGCAGCUCCCUUCGGCCAGCCCAGGGCUCUGCCGGCUGCCCCUGGCAGCGGGUACCAGGCUGAGCCCCAGCAGGGCUCCUGCUUCGCCGUGACCCCCCCGACCCGGCGGCCCCAGACCCCCAUGCUGCAGGUCAAGGAGCUGAUGGUGCGGAAUUACGUGCAGUCGCAACAGGUGCUGAUGUGGGGGGAGCAGCCGCAGCCUCCCCCAAAGUCCAGGGAGCCCAUGAUGGGGCUGGGCGGGGGGCCCAGGCAUAGCCAGCCCCUGCGGCACCCCCCGGCGCCCCCGCCGUACCUCAGCCCCAAGUAUGCUGGCUACCCAGCCAAGCCAGGGCACCUGCUGGGCCCUCCUGAGAACCAGGUCCCGGCCAGCCAGUGCUUCAACCCCGAGCUGGUGCCCCACCCGCCCGGUGGGCCCAAGACCCCCAGCAGACAGAAUAGCCUGAGCUACAUGGGGAGCCCAGGCCAGCCCAGCCCCUCCGGCGAGCCCCCCGAGGCCAGUCCCCGCAGGCUGCUACGGCUGCCCCCACUGCACGCCCCGCCCGAGGGCCCCGCCGACGUGGCCCUGCUGUUCUACCCGGGGCACGGCCCUCUGCAGCCGGGGAAGGGCACCCAGGGGCAUCAGCCAGCCAGCUGCGGGUCCCAGGAUCCCAGCAGGCCAUACGCCCCCGGCCUGGAGGGCCUCAAGCCUGACUCCUUCCCUUACCUGGCCCCGGAGGGGCAGGUCUCCAACAGCCUGGACUCGCUGGACCUGGAGAACACGCACCUGGACUUCACGGCUAUCCUGGACGACCCGGAGCCCCCGGCCCUGAGCCCCACCCGGCUGCCCCCGCCCGGGCCCCCCAACAUGGCCAUCGGGGACAUGAGCUCCAUGCUGAGCUCGCUGGCUGGGGAGAACCACUUCCUCAACACCCUGUCCUAAGGCGCCUCCCCCCCUCCCCGCACCCUCCCCGGGCACCCACCCCCAGCGGGCAGGAGACGCCCGCCUUGACGGGCUUCCCGGCACCCUAAAACAGGACCCCCCAUGCACGGGAGAACGGGCCCCCCAACUGGCUGGUGUCCCACCGUGGGUAUGGGAUGCUCCUAGCUAUUAGGCAGCCACCCAUCUGUCUGUGCUUCCAUCAGUCCAUCCGUCCUUCCAGCCAUCCACCCACCCAUCUGUCCAUCCCUCCCUCCAGGGACUCCUCUGGUCUUUGUCCUAAUAGAACGAGCCUCUGCCCCUCUCUGCACCCACAGGGCAGCCUCCCCCCAAGAACCUGGCCCCCUGAAUCCCCUCCCCUCUGCCCCGUGCUGGAGGUGCACCUCAUCCAGCGCUAGGCAGCUGGUGACCCUGCGCCCGCCGGGCAACAAGGCUGUGGAAGGGAGGAGCCUAGGCCAUUGGGGGAUUUGAAUAUGUUCCCCAAACCCCUCUUGCCUCCAAACCGCCCUCCAUGAGACAGAGCAGCUCCCCCCCCAAUACCCUUCCCAGGCUCUUAGGGGUCUGUCCUGGGAGAUGCCCUCCACCCCCAUCCUACUCCCCUUGUGGGGGCCUCAAGUCUUUCCAGGGCAGAAGGGAGACGAAGUGCCCAUUAUAAGCAGCUGUGCGUCCCACCAGAGGCAGCUGCAUGAUCCCCAGGCUGUGGGGCAGGGGAUCCUCAUGGGCAGGGCCAAGUGGCUGCAGCCAAUCCCAGCUCAACCAGACCAGGAAUCUGUAGCCCACUCAAGGCCCUGGGCAGGGGCUCGGCCCUGUCUCCCUCCUGCCCUCUGCUGUCGUGAGGCCAGGAAGGCAGUGACAGGCCAUGGGGGGAUCAGCACCACACCACACUGCAAGUGCCCUGUGCCCUCCGUCCCUGCAGCGACGCCAGCAUCCCGUGCCAGGCUCCCCCCCCCAUGCCAGUGCCCUUCUCCCAUCAGAUGCUGCAUGCAUAUCCCUUCCAGAGACCCCCCACCCCAUCCUAUCGCCCCUUCUCUGGUCCAGGGUCUGCUGCAAUUUACCCCCCCCCCAUUCUGCCUCUCUCCCCCCCGAGUGGCACAGUGGGGGAGGGGCUCUCUGCAAAGUCUUAACUUAAAACUGAAAAACCAAAGAAAAAUAAUUUAAAAAAACCCAAACUCACCUAAAAAACCAUCGUCUCGUUCUCCGUGUUUGGUCUGAGUGACAGACAGGCGCUCCCAGCUCCCCUGCCCGCCGGGGGCAGGAGAUUUGAUAGACGGGCUGGCACAGGGAACUGCCAAUGCCCCAACUCCUGGUGCCAGGCGCGGGCCCAGCACUGGGCCAUGGCUCGGUCGCACCUCUGUACAUAGUGUAUGUAUGUGUCCAUGGGGUUUUGUACCUGUAAAGCACCGUUCUUGUCUUUUUGCUAGCAACAAACAAUUCCAAUACGAACUAAUAAUAAUUAAACAAAAAAUUCCUCAGGGAAGUGAAAUUCUUGUUGAUUUCUGUUCCCAGAGCAGCUAG